UGCAUCUAUUCGUUUGAUAUUGAGGCGCAAGCUCCUCGUAAACACGCGGCCUUGCCCCCAGUGACGUGACACUCUGUCCCUGGUUUGGGCCCGUGCGUGCAACGUCCACUACCAUGGCCAUACCAUUGAAGCGUUGAUGCCAGAUUGUGUCGUUGAAAUGCGACCAACGUCUUGAAACUCGACGAAAUUCUACCAGUUCCUUGGUGUUACGUUCACAGCUACUGCCUUUAUCAGCCCGAGUUUCCCACAUCAAUAGACACAGGCAGCGAUGGACUCAAGAGAACCCAUCUCCGAGGCAAACGGUGACGGACCACCUCGUCCAUCGAGCUCCCAUGCGCCCGGUGAGGAUGAGACCUCGACAAUACCUCUUGUGCAACCAACACUCGUCAGCGAUACCUCGAAGGCUGUUGAUAAUGUCCUCUUCUCUGACAUUGGUGUGAACACGCUCCUCAACCGACUGAAGCAAAGCAUCGCCAGCGCGCAAGACUUUGCCGGAUUCCUAAAGAAGCGCUCGUCUAUCGAAGAAAGCCAUGCCCAGGGCCUCAAGAAGCUGUACCGUAGCACACACGAUGCCAUCAGCAGUUCCAAUACUCGACAAGGCACGUAUGCCCUCAAUCUUGACAACGCCACACGCCUGCAGGAUCGAAUGGGGGAUAAUGGUAUGCAAUUUGCUCUUUCUCUGCACCAGAUGCACGAAGACCUUACAGAGCUAUCAAAUACAGUCGAGAAGGGCCGCAAGCAAUGGAAGGCAGAGGGACUGGCAAACGAAAAGAAGGUACAAGACGCGGAAAGUAUGAUGUCAAAGGCAAAGUCAAAGUAUGACUCUCUUGCGGAAGACUUGGAUCGCUUGAAGACCGGCGACAAGAGCUCAGGGAAAUUAUUUGGCUUGAAAGGGCCCAAGUCUUCUGCCCAACAAGAGGAGGAUUUGCAAAGAAAGCUUCAAGCGGCCGACUCUGACUACUCGGCCAAAGUUAAGACAGCACAGGAUGCCCGACAAGCGCUCAUCAGCUCGCAGCGCCCAUCAGCCAUCAAAGCACUUCUGGAACUGAUCAAGGAGUGCGAUUCGGCUUUAAGCCUUCAAUUUCAAAAAUAUGUUGCUUUCAACGAGAAGCUUAUCCUAGGUAACGGUAUACUCGUCGCCCCUAUUCCGGGAUCAGAAGGUCAGCAGGUGCCACCAAGCAUGCGCGAUUUCGCGAACCUAGUCGACAAUGAGAAAGACUUGAAUUCAUAUAUUCUAAGUCACACCUCGAAGGUUCCUGCGAAGUCGCCAGACAUCAAAUAUGAGAAGCACCCGGUGAGUGCACGCCGACGCAGCCGAGCGAUGUCAUGGGGCAACAUCAUUAACGCAUCGAAGUCGCUUGUCCAACAGUCGACUUCAACAGGACAGCGACGAGCUUCUCAAUCGCAACCACCACAGCAAUCGCAUAACGCGUCGCCACCUCAAGCACCGCAAUCUUUUGCGCAAAGCACAAACGUUCAAUCUUCAGUGUCGCAGCCAACUCCAGUCUCGCAAGAUUCUCCAUAUCGAGAGUCGCCAUAUCAAGACAACUCAUACCAGCCGUAUCAGCCUCAGCCCCAGCAUCAGUAUCAGACUCCAGCUCAUUCUGCGGAUAGCCCAUACGGCGGUCCACCUCAAUUGAAUUAUCCUCAGACGAGUACUCCACAAUAUCCCUCAUAUUCGAGUCAGCAGUACCCACCUCCAUCUCAAAGUGGUACGAUGGCACAGCAAGCAUCCGGUGUUUUAUCUAGCAACGACGAUAGGGGAGUCUUUGGACGCUCUCUCGGUGACUUAUACGCGGAGAGCGACAAUCUGGCGCCCGUGCCAAUUGUGGUAUACCAAUGCAUUCAAGCUGUGGAAAUGUACGGUCUUGACGUAGAAGGCAUCUAUCGCAUUCCCGGAACAUCGUCGCACAUUGACGAGCUAGAGGCAGUCUUCAACAAAGCACACAACGAGCACACUCAAGUUGAUCUUCGCAAUCCGGCAUCUUUUCACCAUGAUAUCAACAGCGUGGCAGGCUUACUGAAGCGGUUUUUUAGCAAGCUGAAUGACCCCUUGUUCACUAGAUCGCGAUACCAGGACUUUGUCAAGGCUGCAAGGAUUGACGACGAGGUUGUACGACGCGAUACCAUGCACAAGAUCAUCAACGAGCUCCCUGACCCUAACUACGCGACAAUUCGUGCUCUGGUUUUGCACCUGAACCGCAUUCAAGACCAUGCAUCAAUCAACAGGAUGAGCUCAAGCAACUUGGCAAUUUGUUUUGCGCCCACCUUGAUGAUGGGUGAUAUCAAGGAGCAUCACGGGCCUCUUGCUGAUGCUGGGCUACAAGCUCGGGUUGUGGAAACAGUGUUGGCAAACACAUACCAGAUUUUCGAUGAGGAUUGAGAGGCUGAUAGGGGAGAACAUAUUCCCGUUGCUUUGGACAAGUUGUCCCAAAUACUGUUUAGUUACUGGUACCAUAUUUAAUUGCGCAAAUAUACACCCAUUGCAUGGUUUCAGACUUGGCUCUCCAGAAACAUCUUCUCCGCUAUCCAUGUACGUAUGUGAUGCUUAUUGAAUGGGCCCAUACUUUGAAUUCCUUGAACUCCGGUCUACCAAGUAUGUAGGGUAUUAUACAGUAUUUUGGCCUCAGUGAUGCUGUGACUCGUUCCAGCACCUCCUCGUCACAUCUCAAAUCCGCCUGUGUCGUCACAAAUCGCUCUCUUUGGAUAUGCAGGACUCUAUGACGCUCCGACCAAUAUGUUGUUUACAGGAAUGUGAAUCAGCUUGACAAUGUAUCCGAUC